CGCUCGUCGCUACAGCCUAGGCACUCAGCACUCCCUCGCCGCCGCUGUGUCAACUCAGAGCAGCGAGCGCGACGCAGUCAACCAGCCGCCGCCGCCGCAUCAAUAGCCGCGCGCAGCCGUAGCAAAGAUGCCGAGGCCACACCUCCUCCUCGCGCUCGCCAUGACAUCGGCCUUCGCGCCGGCGCCGCGCACGAAACAACGCCUGGUGGACCGCCAGAUGAGGUGGCCCUGGCAAAAGAAACAACAAGCGGAAGAAGGGGAAGGCGGCGACGACAUCACGAACUCGCCCGUCUUCCUCCAGAAGAAGGUCGGGGUCCUCCAGAACGAGCUCGUACAACUUGAUAAGGACAUCGCGGCCGCCGAGGCCAAGAAACAGGAGAACUGGGACGAGUGGGGCUCGCAGAUCGAGAAUAUGAGGAAUGAGUUCGCCGCCGUGAAGAAGCGGACGCAGGAAGCUCGUACUAGAGCAGAAGCUGUGGAAAGAGCGGGUGUGCUGGAUCAGCUCCUAGGCCCGAUCGACAACUUCGACCGGGCCAUUGUGGCGCAAAAAACUAGAGCUGAUGCGAGCGAGGGCGUCCAGAAGGUCGUGGAGCGGUACACGGGUCCCGUGGCUGCUGCUUUUGACGAGGCCUUCAAGGAACUCGGCGCGGAGAAGAUCGACGAAGUAGGUGUCCCGUUCGACCCCACGAUCCACGAGGCGGCCAUGACGGACUUCGAUGAAAAUGCCGAGCCGGACACCGUCAUCAAGGUGUUCCAGUACGGCGUCAAGGUGGGAGACCGGCUCAUCCGGCCGGCGACGGUCGUCGUGAGCAUGUAG